UGUAUUUUGUAUACUGCUGUUUGUUUGUCUUUUGGUCGUUUUUUGUAACUUGCCGUGGCUUUGUCACGUUGUUUUGCGUGGUAUUAUCAGUUUGUCUUCGACUUAUGUGUUUGAUUACCUCUAUAAUAUCUUUCAUCUCGGUAUUGCAGGGUUAAAGUCAGCCAACAUGUCUGCAAGCGAACACACGUGUGACGUUUGUUUUGAGGAUUUUGAUAGAGACAACCACGAACCAAGGAAAUUGCCAUGCUGUCAUACAUACUGUUCUCAAUGUUUAGAAAAAAUGGUGUCACGUAAUGCUUCUUUAACUUGCCCAAAUGAUCGUUCUAUCCACAAACUAGGAAUUCUAGGUGUUUUCGGUUUACCUCUGGAUUCAUCUAAACUCGCAGACAUUGAUAAGAGAGAAGUGACAUCUCCUGUAGGAAGUAUAAACUUCAGCAGCGAUUUUGUAGAACCGUCUAGACCCACUACAGCACGGCCAUAUAGGCAAGCACAAAAUCAUGUUAAUAACAAUCAUGUACCUGUUUCAGCUCACCGUGAACAAUACAAUACACCACAACCCACUGGCAACAAUUAUUACAUGCAGCCGUAUCCCAAUAUGCCAUACAAUUAUAAUACACAGUAUCAAGGUUUUUCACAAAUUCCUAUGUAUAAUCAACAUAUUACACCAAGUGAUUGGCAGUCUUCAGAUCAGUGGAGUUAUCAAUUCAAUAACACCCACCAGUUUUAUCAGCCAAUGAUGACGACCGCUACAACUUUUACACAUGAUGGGAACUGUGGACAAAACAUUAUAGUAAGUUCUCCUGGUGGACACAUAGUUAUAAGUCAGGAUGGAUAUGACCAGAUGAUAAAUGUUGUACAUUUCUAAACAAAAUUGAGAAAAGAGCAUUGAUUUUUUAUAUCUUUUUUACCUGAUUAGUUUGUUAAAAUGUAUGUAUGCAAUAUUAUUAUGUGUAUAAUAAUUUGAUUGACAUUGGUUUUAUAUUUUCUAUUGCUCUUAAUUUGCUGAUUUUCCAUUAAAAUAUUU